AUGCUAUUUCGCAAGAAGAUCUGGGCCGCACCGCCAAUAUCUCCAUUCGGCAUCACGAAAUUUCGUGGUGCGCAAGAGAGAAUGCUGUCCCACAUGGUCGAAUUAUCGCCUCAGAAGACCCAACUCGAGGUCGAGAGCAAGUUCAACGUCACCCCUCUGCUCAGAUCGCAUCUUGACGGCACGUAUGAGCAGCUGCACAUCCCGGCCGCCACAUCUGCCCGCCUCCUGGGGUUCACUCGACAGCCCGACACGCUCAUCAGCGACCAGUACUUCGAUCUCGAUGAUGCGCUGACCUCGAAGGGAAUCUGGGUGCGGCGACGAACCGAGCGGACACUUUCAAGCCAGCGCUUUCCGCUCCCGCUUCAGGGCGAUGAUUCAGCGCAGUGGGGAGCGAAGGUAAAAGUCGGUGGGGACUACCAGAGCUCGCAGUUCGAGGAGCUGGUCGGCAAGGAGGCGGUGAUGGACCUGGUGAAGCAGCAUGUGUCGAACGUGUCAAGCUUACGCAAGGCCGCUUACAUCAACACUUUCCGCGAGGCGUGGGCAGUGCGGGAACAUGUUGAACGGGCGAUCGCGGAUCAAGGUCAGAGGAUGUCGAUCGUGAUAGACAGGUCGACGGCAGGUGACGCGGUCGCGAGUCUCUCACAGCAGGAGCUAGAGUUUCAGCAUGUGGUGGGCGAGGUCGAGCUGACGAGGGAUCUCGAUCUUGGGCAGGAUGAGGAACGGAAUGCUGUCGCAAAGCAGGCGGCUACCGCAAUCAUGAAGACAGAGCUUGACAGCUUCAUGGAGCGGCACUCGUCGCUCUUCCCGACUCAACCAGUACCUGUCGGUAAGCUGAGCGCAUACUUUGCGUGGAGGAAGCAGACGAAGGAUCAUCUCGAGUGA